AUGGAUGCUAGCAGAGGAGAUAAUGCAGAGGAUGGAGGAGGAGGUAGAAUGCAUGAAGAAGGCGAUGCAGCGCGCACACCAAGCAACAAUUCAGCAUACCCAAACAUCAUGGGGACAGGCCAAAUUGCAGGUGCUCGGGCAAUCAGCGCAAACAACAGCUUGCCCAGUGGUGGAACAAGUGCACAUAGUGCUGGAACAAAUGCAAGCACAGGAGCUGGGAGCCUUGGAGAGCAGACAAUAAGCGAACCAGCAACUCCAGAAUCUGCUGGGAUCGAUGCUGAUAUGGAAGGCAACAACAUGGAGGCAUAUUCCACACCUAAGACACCUUUACAAGGGACAAAAUUUGACACCCUGGAGAGCGCACGUGACCACUACAGCACCUACGCGCGCAGGACUGGCUUUGCAAUUAGGCAGCAAUUCAAGAAAGAGAGGGUUGAUGGAACUAUAAGCAGGGUGCUACUAGUUUGUACAAAAUAUGGCAAACGACGCAAGGACAGGGAUGAGCUGCAAGAUGUGGAAAACCCAGCCAGCAUUGUCAAGAAGAGGAAAAAAAAGAAAGUUGUUAGGACUGAAUGUGAAGCGCACAUGUACCUACCCCACGAUGAUGCAUGGUGGACUGUUGACCGUUUCGAGGACACCCACAAUCACCCCCUGAUCAAAAAGCCGUCCCUAACAAAAUUCUUAUCAUCACAUCGGUACAUUCCGAAGGAGGAGCAGGACUUCUUGAGGGUUCUGCACGGAUGCAACGUUGAGACUGCGAGGCAGAUGCAGCUGAUGUCAUGGUUCUACGGGAGCGCUAAAGACGUACCCUACACGACACAAGACAUUGCUAAUCAACGAGCUAAGUUCCGCUUAGAGCACCGCCACAAGGACGUUGGGAGCACAAUUGCAUACUUCCAAGAGAUGAGGGCCAAAGAUUCAUAUUUCUACUGGAGAAUCAAACUUGAUGAUGAGGACAGGGUUGAGAACUUGUUCUGGAUAGAUGGCGCAUCACGCAGGGCAUAUGCAAAGUAUAAUGACUGUUUGUCGUUUGACACGACAUACAUGACAAACAUGUACAAGAUGCCGUGUGCACCAUUCAAUGGAAUUAAUAACCAUGGUCAAUCCAUCCAGUUUGGGUGUGGCUUCGUUCGAAACGAACUAAAGGAAAACUUUGUGUGGUUGUUUAACACAUUCCUCCAUGCAAUGGGUGGUGUUGCCCCUAAAAACAUCAUCACAGACCAGGACUUUGCAAUGAGGAGUGCGAUCGACGGGGUCUUCUUGAACAUAAUACACAGAAAUUGCCGCUGGCAUAUAAUGAAGAAGGCGCAGGAGAAACUUGGAAAACUUAUGGCCGGUGAUAAACCACUAAACAAAGUGUUCAAAGACUGUGUCGACAACAGCUUGACUGAGGAAGAGUUUGAAAACAAAUGGUGGGCAAUGAUGGACGAAUAUGGCCAGAUCGACAACGAACAUUAUCAAUGGCUGUGGGAAAAUAGGAAAUGUUGGGCCCCAGUGUACUACAUGAAGCAUUUCUUUCCAUUCUUGCAGACAACUGCAAGGAGCGAGGGAUUCAAUGCUGUGCUCAAGAAGUACAUGAACCCCAACAACUCAUUGAUUGAAUUCGCAACUCAAUACACUGCAAUCCAGGAGAAAGUAAUGGUGGUUGUGGCGAAAGAGCAAGUGGACACAAUUUACAAAGAGGCAGACAUGUAUUCAUUGAACCCAAUCAAGUUACAGAUGCGAGGGAUAUACACACAAAAUCUGUUCUCCAAGUUCCAGGUAGAGAUGAAGCUAAAGACUGCUUACGGAUGCGACACUUUGCAAGAUGGAACCUUCAGGAUGUGGUCGCUCCGAGGCAUACUACCAAAGUAUGGGGAUAGGGACUACCAUGUGCAGGCGAACAAGGAUGAAGGGUUAUACUCAUGCACUUGCUGCAAGUUUGAUCGCGAUGGACUAUUGUGCGCACACAUACUACGAGUAAUGGAACAUAUUGGAGUCUACGAGAUACCGAGGAGGUAUAUCCUGGAUAGGUGGACAUGGGAUCCAGAAGAGGAUCUUGUUCAGCCUGAUUACCAACAGCCAACAGUUAAGAAGGGAAUGACAGAGGAAGGAAAAAAUAUCAUGAGAUAUACAUCUAUUCUGAAUGAUUUCAAGGAACAAGCAAAAGACGCUUGCACUACUGAUGAAGGGAUGACAUUGGCAAGGAAACAUGUUAAUGCUUUCAGAGACGACAUGGAUGCACUAAAAAAGAGGCAGCUAAAGAAAGCAAGAAAGGAAAAAGAUGAGGGAAAAGAAGCACAAAUGUUUUCUUCACCACCAGGGACUAGUGCCACUGAAGGUGUCCCAGUAGCGCAUCAAGGAAGCAUUCCUGUCACGCAUGUGUCUGGCAAUAUUUUCCAGUUCCAGGGCUCACAUGCCGAGGGAUCCCAAUCAUCAAACACAAGAGUGAUACUAGACCCACCAAAGUCUACUACAAAAGGGCGUCCGAGAGAGAAAAGAUUCCAACACCCAUUUGACAUUGCAAAGCCAAAAAAAGAGAGGAAGUGUCGAGUCUGCGGGUCGACAGAUCAUGAUAAACGCAAAUGUACCUUACCCAUCCCGCACUGA